AUGAGGCUUCUACCCCAACUUAUUCCGAUCACCGAAGAACGACGAGACGUAUUGGACGAGAUCAUGAACCACUUUGCGCUGUAUUCGAAGGAACACUACUUGAGAAAACGCAUUAUGCCCAUUGGUAAUACAGAAAUCCCUGAAGUCAAGGAAACCAAACUAAAUAUCUGCACCCUUUGUUUCAACCACUGUUCCAAACGUCACAUCAACGAGCACCUUAAAAGUGCACAUCAUAUAAAGAACAGGUUCCUCCAGCAUACCUUUGCUACACUGGGGUACACGAUCCCCAACCAGAAACGAACCAUGUCCUAUUUCUACCGCAAAAAACUGUAUUCGGAGAAGCCCAUUGAUAUGUUUGAUAUUGGCAAUAGAGCAGCUAGAGACAAUAGCGAGGACAAGUUCUUGCGGUACAUCCACGCGGAGGACUAUCAGGGCAAAGGAUGCGCGCAGUAUAUUGCAAGUGAAAACGAAAGAGAAAGCGAGCCAGUUGUUGCAGUGGUCGAGACCUAUAUGAUGAAAAAAAGAGAGCACAUGAGAGCCAGCCACAGCAUAUUCAGCAAGAUGAGUGCAAUGGGGAUAUUGAAGGCCAAAUACAUAUAUUCGACAAGAGUGUUAUAUGCAAAGUUGGCCGGCCGGUUUUUCUAUACGUUUGCAAAGUAUAGCGGUAAUGCCGUAAUCGGCGAGGUUAUUCGUAGACCAACGCCACUGGUGGUCGAACAAGCCAUGCAUGUCAUGAUGGAGACUUAUGUUCUUGUCGCCAAAGACCCCAGCGAGAAGUUCCUACAAUCCGUGUUUAUAUCAUUGAUGACUGCAGACGAUACAUUUGCCGAGUCGAGGGUCAGGGCAAAGACGCUUGACGCCAUUAACUACUGCCUCAAGUUGGCUGCAUCCGAUUACAUGCAAGCCAACGACAAUGUCAACGAUGUCUUGCUGGUGUGGUACGAAACAGUAUACUAUGAUUUUGAGCAUUACCGGAGCGUCCACCACAAGUUUAACAUGACAACACCAACGUUUCAAACGAGGGUGGAUGAACAGGAUAUAAGAAAGGCGGCGAUUGGGGCAGUCAAUUUCAGCAUCGACGAUCUUAGCAAAUUGGCCCGCUGUUUGGUCAAGGACUACCGCAGGCAAACUGAGACGUUACUUCCAAAAGGCGUAAUUAUCGUGGACGAUCUUUACGAAGAGUUUGAAAGAAAUGCUGUGGAGUUGAUCGACUGCAAGGAUAGAGGAUACAGUGUCUUCUUUGGAACAUCAGCUAUCAAUGAUAUAGCGGCCAAAUGCUUAUUGCGGUUUCGGGAUGCGUUGGGCGAUCUCUGGGAUAAUCUGGGAUACAUGAAGAUCAUAUUACAGAAGUUGAUGAAGCUAAACUUGAACGUAUUGGUGUGCAUAAUGAUAACCUGUGGAAGUCCCUUUCGAGUGUCCGAGCUCUACACAUUGACGUUCGCCAAUCCUGUGGGGACAACACGUUCCAUGUAUUAUUCGAACGGGCUCAUCCAAUUGAAUAUCCGUUACAAUAAAAAUACCCAUAGCACGUUAAGGUACACCAACCAUACCAAAGUAUUGCCGCAGGAUGUCUCCAAGAUUGUGAUUCAUUACAUUUCAGUGGUGAGAUAUUUGGAGAUUGCCAUUGUCGAGAGACACGGAGCUGACGAGAUUUCCAGGGAUAUUAGUGAGCCGUCUUAUCGCAAGAAUAUAGACGACAAUGACGAUGAAUCCGAUAGAGAGGAAGCGGAGGCACUGACAAGUAUUGCCGAGCGCCAGCCAAGAAAGGCAAUGCUCCGGACGCUAGUAUUUCUUUCACCAUUUGGCGUGAGGAAAGGCGCCCAGGCAUUCACAUUCUUGGAGCGGGCCAGUGAACAAUAUAUUGGCGAAAGGUACACACCACGACUUUUGCGACAGGCAUUGGUUCACUUUACGAGAUUACUCUUGACGGAGAACAGAUACGGCGAUACGGGAUUUCUCAAACGCAUAGACAAGCUAGCGGGGCACACCACGACGACUGCCGAUAUGCAAUACGGUGUCACGCACUCGAAUUCGCUCCUACCCAGUGUUCCUGUAAAUAAUAUCGACAUUCGGAUUUCUUUGGAGUGGCACAGGAUAUUGGGGCUAACAAUGUACUUAUGA